UUAUAUUUAUAAUUAAAAUAAUGAGUGGAAAUAUUACAGAGAUAUUUAGACAAAAUAUAAAAAAAGUGAAUAAAUGGAAUGAUCCAUUGAAUUCUUAAUUUAAGGAUGCACAUCAUCAAUAAUAGCCUACUAAGGAACGAUUUUGAUAUCUAGUAAAAAGUCUUAAAAUGGAAGAAUUUUUAAAAUAUAAAUCAGUUUAUAACACUGAUCAAGAAGAAAAUAUUGCUGCGGAAUUCAAAAGAACCAAAGAUUUCUGUUAUCUGGAUCAUGCAGGGGCAUCACUUUAUUCUGAAAAACAGAUGCAGCUCAUAUUAUUCAAUUUAUGCGAUAAUAUCUACGCCAAUCCCCAUUCAUUGCAUCUAUCUAGUAAACUGACGGAGGAUCAUAUUGACAUUAUCCGCUUCAGAAUUUUGCAGCAUUUCAACAUAACAAACGAUGAUUACUCCUUCGUAUUCACAUCUGGAGCAACUCAAUCUUUGAAAAUUGUAGCAGAGACCUUCAACUAUGGACAGAAAGAUGAAGGGACGUUAGUAUAUCUCGAAAAUAAUCAUACGUCAGUUCUCGGGAUGAGAAAUUAUACUAAAAAUUCGAAAGAAUUGAAAACAGUAGACGCAUUUACAAAUUUAACAACAAAAAUCAUUUCACCUAAUACGGAUUGUAGCAGCUACAAUAAUCUUUUCGUGUAUCCGGCGCAAUGUAACUUUUCUGGUACUAAGUAUCCAUUAAAAUGGAUAGAUAACGUUAAAAAAGGUGCACUUAAUACAAUUGUUGACACCAAAAGUGUAAAUUGGUGUGUUCUGCUAGAUGCAGCCAGUUUUCUAGCUUGUGAUACGAUAGAUUUAUCAUUAUAUAAACCCGACUUUGUAACGAUAUCGUUUUAUAAAAUUUUUGGCUAUCCCACUGGAUUAGGAGGAUUAUUAGUAAAAAAAGACAGUGAAAACGUCCUUCGCAAGAAAUAUUACGGUGGAGGUACUAUUGAGAUGGUAUUGAGUGAGCGGAAUUUGUUUGUACCAAGAAGAAAUGUAUCUGAAAGAUUUGAGGAUGGCACCUUGCCCUUUCUCUCAAUAAUAUCUCUAACGCAUGGUUUUGACACUAUCAAGAGACUUAAAUUAACGUUUAAUUCGAUUUCGAAGCACACGUUUUCAUUGGCGCAGUAUGUCUACAGACAUAUUUCAACCUUACAUCAUUUUAAUGGCCAACCAGUGGCGACGCUUUAUCACGAUACCACUUUUGAAAAUUCAACACACCAAGGUGCUAUAGUGAACUUUAAUUUGCUUAGAGCUAACGGAGAUUUUGUUGGAUAUUCAGAGGUCCUUCACAUUGCGAACCUACGUGGGAUACAUUUACGAACUGGUUGUCAUUGCAAUCCUGGUGGAUGUCAAAGAUUUUUAAAAUUAUCGUGCAACGAUGUAAUAAGAAAUUUCAAAUCCGGACAUGUUUGUGGAGACCAAACUGAUCUAAUUGAUGGGUAUCCCACAGGAACGAUAAGAAUAUCAUUCGGUUACAUGUCAACGAAGAAAGAUGCAGAUAAGUUUAUAACAUUCAUUGAAGAUUGUUUUGUUGAUAAACCAAUAUUGAGAAAAUUCCCAUCCGACUUCAAACGCAGACAACAAAAUUAUUCAACGCUAUUUUAUGGCGAAGAAUAUUCAGAAGAACAGCCAGAAAUAAAUAAAAACUCGUCGAUCGAAAAACAAAAUGGAAAUCAAGAAAAGUAUCCCAAAAAUGUAGACACAGAAGGUAUUUUAGAACAAAUAAUAAUUUAUCCUCUAAAAUCUUGUGGAGCAUUCGUGAUAUCAGAUAAUUGGAUAGUAACUAAAAAAGGAUUUAAAUUUGAUAGAGAGUGGAUGAUUGUAAAUGCUGCAGGUGUUAGUCUCACACAGAAACAUAAUAAAAAGAUGUGCCUCAUCAAACCUAGUAUUAAUUUGAAGCAGAACAGACUAAAACUGAGUUAUAGAGAUAAACCGGACAUAGAGCUCGAUAUUGACGCAGCAAAGAAUGAAUCAAAUGCAUAUCUUUGCCAUAGUAAGGUUUGUGGAGAUCGGGUUAUCGGCUGGGAUUGUGGAGAUGAAGUGUCUGAUUGGUUAUCUGAAAAUCUAGACAUACCUGGGUUAAGAUUAUUACGACAAUAUGAAGCAGAAGAUGAAGAAUGUCGAAACCAGUUAUCUUUCGCAAAUCAAGCUCAGUAUUUAUUAACAAAUUCGAGCAGCGUAGAAUGGUUAAGAAAUCAAGUUCCUGAUGGGGAUCUUACAGAGGAUCUUCAUACAACUAUACUCAGAUUCAGACCUAAUAUUGUCGUGAAAUUGGAAAAGCCAUUCGAAGAAAAUGAAAUAGACGAUAUAACUAUUAGUGAUGUAUGUUUCAAAUUCGCUGGGAAAUGCACCAGAUGUCAAAUGAUAUGCAUAGACCAAACUACAGGCAACAUAUCAAAAGAACCUUUGUUAACACUAUCCAAAAACUUCAAAGGAAAAAUUAAUUUUGGAGUUUACUUAAACCAAGACAGUAGUGUAGAACGUAUUAUACAAGUUGGUUGUAAGAUAUUUAUACAGAAAUCUAUCAAUGGUUAAUAAAAGUUUAUUGUUAAA